CGGAAGUGACGUUCCCACAAUUUUCAAAUAUAUAUAUUUUUCAAAUCUUUGGUCUCUUUUCAAAAAGUGAGUUUCUCUGGUUUUGUCAUUGAGUACAAUACACGGUGUGUGACCUGAUGGCAGUUCUGCAGAAAUGAAGAGAGCGGCCAAUAAAUACGAAUUCAAAGCGACAUCCAUACCGUCAGACUUCAGUUUAGUUCCAAAAACAGCUAUUUCUAAGCCUCACAAAGAGAACGUACCAAGAAAUUAUUUUGUAGCCAAAAUGCAUAAAGGAACUUCCACCAGACAUGGACAGCAGCAGUCAGAACUGAAGGGUCAGAAUCAACUUUUAGUGGAAGCCAAUGAGGAACUGCAGAAAAAAAAUUCAGAAACACAGCUAAAAGUUGCCCAGCUGGAGCAACAAUACAGUGACCUCCAAGGAACCAAUGCCGACAUCAAGAAACAUCUGAAGGACUGCCAUGCGCUACUAGUCGCUGGAAAUAUUGAUCCAGUUUUGGGAGAGAGAAUUAGAGAAUUUGCAUUGCAAAAUGAGGAUCAACAGCGAGUGGUGGAGAAUGUAUCCCGGGAUCUGUUAAGUGAACUGUGGACAUUUGGUGACAUGGCAACAGAACAAAGUGCACAACUAACAGAAGUUCAAAAGUCCAUGAAGGAUCUCAUGGAGGCUCGGGAGCAUCUCGUGCAGGAGAGGGAUAAUUUCUCCUUGGAAGUUGAAGAAACGGAGAAGGCUCUUGAGGGGGCAGAGCAGCUUUUAUUGGAGUAGAUACUGUAUGUGUGUAUAAGUGUGUGCUUGCUUUUAAUGUAAAUGUAAUUAUAAAACAUUUUGUAUAUUUCACCUAAUUCAAUUUAAGUUGUUAAUACUUGCAAAAAUAGUUGUUUUCACUCAGUCUUAUUUGAAUUGUCUGGAAGACUGCAAAUGUAAAAGCGGUUGGACUGCCAGUGUUAUUUUAGCCUGGGUACCAGGGUCGUCACUAGUUACCACAGCCACAAAGUCAUAAACCCCCACAUACAGGAUUAAUAGAAUUUCUCUUAAAAUCUGAUUUUAAACCUAAUCACACUGCUAACAUUAUCUCUAUCACUAUCUCAAAAAAGGGUUCUUUGAAGAUCUUAUAGGGGUUCCCUCAGUUUCAAUCCCCUAUAUUAUACAUCAGGAACCUUUUCCUUUUAGAAUGCAUAGACAACUCCUCUGUACCCCCUGGAGACUUUGUGCCACUAUUUUGAUCGGCCGCUGACCAUAUGUCAUAGCCUACACUUGGUAUAGUCUACACUAAUAAAUUUAACUGGACUGGAUGAUUUUACCAGCAUUGCAAUCCAAUGCAUGCAUGAUUUAUGCAAUAAACAGAUGUAUUGCGGCAAUGAAAAACAUUUUGGGGCUGUGCUACAGAAGGCUAUAUUGGUCCGCCAAUACAGGACUAGUAAAAGGCCCAGUGCACUCCUUUUUUUGUAUAUAUAGAUAGAUAGUACCAGUCAAAGG